ACAUCAGAUCCGAACACUUUGAAUUCUGGGCCAAGUGGGGAUUUUUUGCCCUUUGUCCUAACCGUGCAGACUCAGCUUCUGACAGCAGAGCGGCCCUUUGUUACACAACAGAUUCUGUUGCAAUCCAAUGAGAAUGUUCUUCAUUGUAGGAUUUCAUCACACUCCUGUACCCCUCAGCAGCACUCAAAGCACACAUGAUUAUCACCUAGAAAUAAGAUCACUGUGUUGUUGGAAAGAAAAGAGCAAAACAAAGCUGGAGUGACUUCAAGCUGCAGUCACAUCUCUUCAUGACUCAGAGAUCGAACAAGGACAUUAACAAUCUGGUUCAGAUUUAAUGGGAGAGAUGUUUCUUAAGAGUGGGAAUUCCUGAACUCCGGGAUCUAUUGAGAAAUCUCCCGUCCUGCUGAUUAUAUGACCCUGAAUGUUUGAGAGCUGGACAAAUAAGACUGCUGGCCUCUGAGGAGCACAUCAUGAAGCUGGAUUUGGCUGCCUGUCUUUCUUCUUUGGCCCUGUUGUCAGUCCUCUUGUCUCCAGUUUGCUGUCAGCAGCCUGUUAACUGCAGAUGGGGACCUUAUGGAGAGUGGUCCGAGUGUGAUGGCUGCUCCAGAACAAAGGUGAGGACUCGACAUGUGGAGGUGUACGCCCAGUUUGGGGGUGUGCCAUGUCCAGGAGAGGCCUCACAGAAACAACCAUGUGUCCCCCAGAAAGGAUGUCCCCUGGAAACAGCUUGUGAAGACAGGUUCCGCUGCACCUCUGGUCAGUGUAUCAGCCACUCUCUGGUGUGUAACGGAGACCAUGACUGUGAGGAUGGCCUGGAUGAAAGAAACUGUGAGGAUGACAGCAGCGACUACUCAUGUGACAUUCACAAAACACCUCCGAACUCUGACUUCACCGGCAGAGGGUACGACGUGCUGACAGGCAAACUGCGAGGCGAUGUUCUGAACACUCGCAGCUUUGGCGGGCAGUGCAGGAAGGUGUUCAGUGGAGAUCAUAAAGUCUUUUACAGGCUGCCACAGAACAUCAUCAAGUACAACUUUGAGGUGACAGUUAACAAUGAGGAGAGCGAUGAAUCCUAUGAGAGCUCCUGGUCCUACAUGCAGCACAUCCAGUCCAACGCUUUGAUAGGACACGACAGACGCACUUUCCACAAAGAGCUCAGCGACAACAAGGCUCACAGACUUCUAAUCCUGAAGAACAAAGUGGAGCUGGCCCAGUUUCAGAACUCUGCUCCUCAGUACCUGAUUCUGUCUGACGGCUUCUGGAAGGCGUUAUCCUCUCUGCCGUUAACUUACGACUACUCUGCCUACCGCCAGCUGCUGCAGACGUACGGCACUCACUACCUCUCAGAGGGCGCACUGGGAGGCGAUUACCAGGCUCUGCUGGAGUUAAGCCGCCAGGCACUUGAUUCAACCAGUACAACGGAUAUAGACUACCAGAGGUGUUGGAGAAAAGUGAAACGUCGAUUUUUCAGAAAGAAAGUCAAGACCGUCUGUGAAAAACUGACAAAAUCUUUUGCGUCCAGUCAUGGACACAAAGAAAACAAAAUGCCCAUUAAGGUAAAUGUGUUUGGAGGAGAUCCGUCCUUCAUAUCAGCUUUGAGCGUUCUGGAUCUGGAGAACCCUGAAGCUAACGGGGAGAUCUACGACAACUGGGCCUCGUCGGUGAAAGACUUCCCUGAAGUUGUGAACCAGAAGCUGCGUCCUCUGUACGAGCUGGUGAAGGGGGUGCAGUGUGCCGGUCUGAAGAAGCUCCACCUCAAAAGAGCCUCAGAGGAGUACCAGGCAGAGGAGCACCCCUGUCACUGUCGGCCCUGUCAGAACAACGGGCAGCCACUGCUGACCGGCUCCGUGUGUCGCUGCGUCUGCAGACCAGGAACAUCCGGACGAGCCUGCGAGAGGGGAGCUGUGAUCGGAGAACAACCGGGGGUGAUCCAUGGCAGCUGGAGGUGCUGGUCCUCCUGGGGGUCCUGCUCUGGAGGUCAUAGAUCGAGGACCCGAAGCUGCGACAACCCCGCCCCCAGCAGAGGAGGCCGUCACUGUGUUGGACUACAGGUGGAGCAGAAGUCCUGUGAGGAUGAUGAGAUCCAGUUCUUAAAGAUGAUGGAGCCGCAGUGCUUCAGUCUCUCUGUGGCUCCACCAAAGACCUGUGGACCACCUCCAAACCUCAGGAACGGAUUCAUCCAGAACCCCAGAGACUUCUACCUGGUUGGAAACACGGUGGAGUACUCCUGCAUCGAGGAUUAUUACCUCAGGGGAGACGCUUUGGCUGAAUGCACUGAAAACCAGACAUGGAGGACAGGAGCGAUGGUUUGCAAAAGUUCCACAUGUGCACUUCCAACACUCAACAGUGAAGUCAUAGCCACGCCUAACAAAGCAGCACAUCAGAUCGGAGACACAGUGUUUCUCUCCUGUCCUGCAGGGUCUCUGCUGGACGGUGAGGUCUCAGAGAUUGUGUGUAGUCCUAGUCUGCUGUGGUCUCCUUCUCCGACCAGCGCUCACUGUAACGUAGCACCCACAGUCCCCACUCCUCCACCUGGCCUGAAGUGUAAACUGUGGGAGACUGUAGGAAAAACUGAGUGCGUGUGUAAAAUGCCCUUUCAGUGCUUGUCCUCUCUGCCGUUGUGUGCCAGACUGGACUCAAGCCGAACCCGUCUACUUGGUGUGUGUCAGCUGGGAGCUCUGCGGUGUAUCGGCCGGAACUUCACGUUGGCUGGUGACAGCGACUGCACCUGGCCUGAGGAGACUGCCUGCAGUGACUGCAAACCAGGGACAGUCUGUCAAGAAUCAUCCGGAAGAUGUGAAUGUAAGAGCAUGUCUGAAUGCCGUGAAGACUCCGCUCUCCUGUGUGUCAGCUCAGGUGUUGGGGGUGUUGCGUUGACAAUGACUGAGUGCGAGGUGGGGGCCAGAAGGUGUGCUGGGGAGAAGAUGAAAGUGAUCGGUAUUGAGGCUUGUCCACAGUGAAGGAAGCUGAUGUUUUUCAGAGUGUACAGAAGGGUUUUUCCUCCUCAAUGACUGAACUUAGAGAUGGGUGGACGAUAAAGCUCUGAAGCUUAUGUUACCUGAGUGAACUCAAAAUGUUGCAGGCGAAAUGUUGGGUUACUGAAGCUGCUUCAAACAUCAAUGGUGCUUCAAAAACUCUUCAUUCAGAAGUUCUGUAUGUCAACAAGAACUGAACUACCAUUGUAAAUACAAAAAACAAAAACUAGCCUACAGCUUUAUGAUCUAUUUGAACAAGGGAGAACGGAUAUAUGCUUCAGAUAGUUUUACUUCAUAACACACAGGCUGCUCUGACUUCUUUUCCUCAAACAUUUAACUAAAACUAUUAAUAACAGAAAGAUGUAUUGAUGCUUCACACCAUCAUUGAGAGGGCUGCCUUAAUAUUUACAACCACCAGAUUUCACUCCGCUCGCUGAGUUUGAAGCUUUAAAGCAUUGAAUUGUUUCUGCACAAAUGAAAAGAAAGCCUCAGAGCUUCUUUUGUCUUCGUCCGCCCAUGACUGACAGAAAUGUAAAUAACACAAUAUUUCCCAACUUUUGAAUCGAGUGUAAAUAUGUUCCUUUGUUGUCUUUUUUUUAUUUUUAUGAAUGGCUGAUGAUUUAGGACAUUUGAAAAAAGGGUUAUGCAGGUUUGAGCAAAUGUUCAAUACAUAUUCAUUCGUAUACAUUAUUCUUUUGAAUUAUAGUGAAUAAACUUUAAGAAUACACUCUUGUCUUUGUUUGUUAAGAAGAUAUCAAAGUUCAUUUUUGAACUACUUUGUCACUAUCAUUAUAAAUAAAUUCAAAAGUUGAUUCUAAAAUAAGUCCAAACUUUAUCUGAUGAAAUAAAUCUUAUCUGAACGCAAUCUGUGUAGGAAUGUUUUCUGUUUAAUAAACCAUGAUGCAGAAGAAA